ACAACAAAUGAUUUUGUGAUCAGAAACAUAGAAUAAAUUUUAAAUGUUUUUGAGUGGAUAUCUCCACGGGUUUCGUUUAAAACGAACAAAUAAAUUAAAUUUAAGUGGAUUAUUCCACGGGUUUAAAUAACUAGUAAUAAAUAAUUAGAUUUUCGAUUGAAGAACCCCCUGGUUUCUAAAAACUCGCGGAAAGAUCAAAAGAAUAUAGGUAACCUUUUUGAACAGACAGACAGAAGACGACUAUUAAUAAAGUGAUUAAAAUAUGGAUUGUUUUCACGACCAAUGAAAUUUAAAGCUUUUUAUAACAAACUGACACGCAUGAAUAGGUUUUCAACUGAUGGUAUUAUUGAUUACUUCACCAGACAUAGAAGAGUUUAAUCUAUAUGUCUACCUUCAUUGUGUGUUAUCAACAAAUAUCAGAUUAAGUAAAUUACUUGUUUACUGCAAAUGCGUCAUUCAAUUUUCAACGAAACGAGUUAACACGCAAAACUUGAUCUCCGUAAUGUUGACAAGCAUUAUUUUCCGGGGACCUUCUUUACAAAAAAGAAUCCAGCACAUCUCUGGUAUAAGAAAAUGUACACACGACAUGAUGUACGACCAACACAAGUUCUGGGAAGAUGUUAGGCGCAACCAGACACCAAUCACUUAUGCAUCUUAUCAACUAAAGAUGCUGGAAAAUCAAAAAGAAAUUUUGGAAGCACAGAAAAUGGUGUCAAUGAUGUUUUAUGAAAAUAAUGUAACAUGGGAGGAAAGUUAUAAUCCAUCAGGACUGGAAAGAAAAUAUGACACAGAUGGUCAAAGUUAUAUAAUAGAUGCUAUGGAAAAAAACUGUGUUUGGGGUGGUGCCUUUAAUAACGACAGGUUAGUGGCUUGUGCGCGGUUAUCGUAUAAAAGAGGAAACGCCAGAUUAGAUAUUGAAAAGCAUUCAAUAAACGAGAAAAUAAGGGAAUUAGUAUCGAAAACAAAUGUUGUCGAAAUGCAAAGAGGGUUUACAGUGCCUUCGCACAGAGGUAAAGGUUUGAAUAAACAGCUUUUUGGAUUAUUUGCAAGGUACUCAAUAAAACUAGGAGUGGAAAUAGUUGUCGCUUUCCGUGAUCCAUAUUUUAAACGCAACAAUAUUGGUUUGACUGUCGAUGACGAAUUUUACUAUCGUGACGGGGAGAGAUUAUCUUUUGAACAUUUUCCGCAAAAAGAAUUGGAGAAAGUUGUAGCCUAUGUAGAAGAACAUGACUGAAUCUCCUCCGUAGCGUCUCUUGUGAUGUUAUAACUGUUGGUCAACAUCCUGCAGCUGGAGGGUCCUUAUACAAGUUAACAAAGUAAGUUCCUUUGCAUGUGAAACAAUUACGUUGUAAGAUCCAUUUACAAAAACAUUCUAAUUACUUUCUUAUCUAUAUUACGUUUUGUACAAUGUGUAUGACUUCAAAAAAAAUAUGUAUACAUUUAAAGUUCUGAAUAAAAGUGGCGUCAAAUAUGUUUUAAAGUAUCUUGAAUCAUAUCGCUAUAGUAGUAACCGUGUUUUGAGACGAGUCCGAUAGUGAGACGAGUCGUAUUAUAUGUGUGUUUGUAUAUAUUGGAUUUGUACCACAUCAAAAAAAUGAUUAAUUCGUCUUAAUUUUAAAAUAAAGAGCCAGCACAGCGGUCACGUUUGUUGGAAAGCUUAAGUCUUUGGAAAAAUAAUAGCGAUGGAACCCAGUAAUAUCGGAAGAAUGUCGCUAAAUUCAUGUUGGUACGAGUUGUGACGCAAUAUAGUACUUUAUAGAAGUUCGCCUUUUAUUGAUUUUGUCACCACAGGUGCAUUCUAUGGAUUUUUUCCACUGGCUUACAGCUAGCGUAUGACAUUAUAGAAAUUUUAAUAACGCUGGUUACGUUUUCAUGUAGAGAAAGAAAGAAGAAAAUAUAAAAUUAAACAUAUACUUACAAAUAUAAUUUUUUAUACAAUAAACUCUAACAUAUUAAAUUCAUCCUAUUUUAAAACUAAAAUUUUCUUUUUAUCUUGAUAAAGUGGACAUUUUCAGUUUUUUCCAAACUUUACAAGCGUGGUAAUGCUUUCCUCUACGUAAUACACAAUACUGCGAAAUGAACAAGGUUUCCCACCAAAAUGCACCUUGACAAACGCUCUCCUCCACAUAUCUCACCAUGUGAUGAAAUGUAACAAAUUCUUCGCUACAACGCAUUCGGAACUACCAUUAUUUUCUAGUGAUAUGCAGUUAGUUGCCAUACCUUAAUAUGUUACAAAUAAUGCAACCAAACUCAUUUUAACUUUAAACGUAUUUCUCUACGCUCUUUCUAAAGCGCCAUAAUUUCUCAUUUCCACAGUCGGAAACGGAAAAUCCUUCUUUCUAGAAAAUUUCGUUAAAAUGUUUCCACCGUAACCGUUGGAAUUACAAUGUUAGUUACAUUAGAUUUUCUUAGAUUGCGCAAGUUUUUCGAUUCUUCUGCUAGUAUUUCCAACUUGUUUGCCUUUGCAAGACCAACUUGAUCGACCAAUUUGCGAAAGUAUCCAGACUUGUUCUGUAGAAGAUCAUAAGGUUCGUCGAACUCCAUUAUGUUUCCAUCCUCCAGCACCUAAAGAUAUUAUCCAUUGAUAGUUUAAAUAGAAAUCUCAAGAAAUAUUCAUUAUGUUGCAGAAAAAAGUAAAAUUCGUGUUCACACAUACCAUGACACGAUCAGAGUCAAUCACAGUGUUUAAUCGAUGGGCCACAGUAAGUACGGUACAUUCUUUAAACUUUUCUCGUAUGGUUUGUUGGAUCAAAGAAUCGGUUCUAUGAAGAAGCAAGAAUAAAAUUGCAGAAAUUUAUACCUAUAAGCUGCAUUCUAGUUGACUGAAAAAGAAGUUAAACCCUUUCUUCUUGUGUAAGUAGAGUGAAAUGCAAUUACAGCACUAUUCUCUUGCAGGUGUAUUACUUAUGAAUGUGGUUUGUUUGCAUUUCUUUCUUCAAACAGAAUAUGUUUAAGGCAGAAAUAUUCCAUGACUAACGCUACUAGCUAAUCAGUUUCAAACAUUUUUCUUUACGAAGAAAUUUCAUAUUUGAAAUUUCUUUCACGUAAGUAAAAGUAAAACUUACUCCACGUCGACAUUAGCCGUGGCUUCAUCGAUCACUAUGAUUUUGUUCUUCUUCAACAAUGCACGUGCUAAGCAAAGCAGUUGACGUUCUCCAACACUCAAGUUGGAACCUGCUUCAGUUAUCUCUGAUUCCAAUUUGCCUGGUAACUCUGCCACGUUUUCUUUCAGUUGUACCUGUUCAAGAAUAUUUUAUGUUUAUUUUGAAAAAGUAAACUUUUUGUUUGUUAUCAUAUACGUCUAUGUACUAUGGCUAAAAAAGUCAGACAAUGCAAUAAAACCCAGUGGUUCUUUUUUCCCAAAUGAGAAAAAUCGGUUUGUUCCCUUUCUUAUUAGGGUAAAUUUGAGAUUAACCAAUUGAGGAAGAGUUGGCGAUAACAAAAUACAAUUCAAAUAUUUUUUUCUCGACAAUUAAGUAUUCCAUUCCCCUUAGAAACUUAACAACUUGUUGAAUUGUUCUUUAUUUUAUACCUCUUCUAUAGCUUCCCAUACAUCUGCAUCCGUAUACUCAUUAAACGGAUCAAGAUUUUUUCGCAAACUUCCACUAAACAUGACAGGAUCCUAAAAAGUAAGAAAGAGUUGUCUUAACUACAAAACACGCUAAAAUUUUCCCAACAUUCUUAGAAUCAAAACACAGCUCUUUUAUAAACUCACUUGCAGUGAGUGAAGACGGAGCUGUUUAUUUUCAUCCCUCUAGUAAUUUUACUGAAUAUGCAAGAUAUGAGACAUUAAAGGUAUAACUAACUAGCCUGUGGAAUGAUUGAUAUGUUCCUUCGUAAAUCUUUUAGUUUCAAAUCUGCGAUUGGAUAUCCAUCAAUUUUAACAGUUCCAGAAACAUUACCCAUUCGAAACAACAUCGAGAAUAGAGAGCUUUUACCAGCACCUGUACGUCCGACGAUACCAAUCUGAGAAAAAAGUUUUUGCAUUUUAGCAACACCAUUAUAAUAAUUAAAGAUUUUCGUUUAUGUUUUUUUUCAUGACCAACGCUUUUUGCAACGCAACUAUGCAACAUGUCUUCUAAGACUUUGAUGAAAAUGAUUUGAAGAUGUGAAAACGUUAUUGAAAAUACCAAAUGCUAGUGAUACAUUCGAGCAUUGCAAGUAUAAGAAUUUUACCUUUUCCAUGGGUCGGAUAUCAAAAUGUAAUUUUCUCAAAGCGUGUGGUAGUGAAGAAUGAUAUGUAAACGAAGCUCCUGUACCAGAUAUCGAACCUUGCUCUGGCCAUGUUUUCCUCAGUUUUUUACUAUUGCCAUUAUCAGGUUCAGGUUCUAACUUUGUAUAUUCAAAUACUCUUUCUACGGAUGUCAUCUAUAAAUAACAUAGGUAUCUUCUAUCUUAGCUUGUUGGUUUUACAUCUAAUCUGCUGCUGGCUGUUGGAAAAUUUAAAUUUUGUCUGAUAACAUCAUUAGUUUAUAUCUAAUUUGGAAAUCGCAGCUACAUUAAGUUAAAUGUGCAGCAUUUCAUUGCAUUUUCGGAACUCGAAAUUGGCGAUGGAAGAUAGUUCAAAAUUAUAAUCUUGAUAUAUAAAAUUAAAAUCUUCUAAUAAAAAAGCCUGUGCAGGUCUCGUGGCAUGAGCAGUAACCUGGUUCAUUUGAAGAAGCACAAAAACGGACUCAGAAGUCUUACCAUAUUGUCAACUUCGACACUCUGUCGUACAGUCCAUUGAAACAUACCACAUAAUACCAAAAUAUACGACAAGCUCACGGCAACUAAAUUUGUAUCGAUAUCUACAAGAGAAAAAAAGACUGGUAACAUUUUGUUCACGUAAUAAACUAAACGAAAGAAAAGUAAAAUGCAGAAAAUCGUCGAAACAGUUAGUAUAGCAUACACGAAUGGAAAACUUAAUUUUCUAACAAACCUAUGUACGUAGCUGCAACGAUAGGUGCAAAUGUCGAGCAGAUCGAAAACAAGACGGUCAACAAAUCCAAACGUUGCGAAAACCAUCUUGCUGCUAACAAAAACAUAAUCCAAGCUCCUGUCUGAUAAUCUUGACAUGCGUAAAAUUCGCGGAGGAUCUUAUCUUGAAUAUUAAAGGAACGGAUAGUUGUUAUACCAGCUAAUGUUGCUGAAACAUGUGUAUACAGUGGACUCCGUGCUAUACAGAAAAGAAAAUCUUUGUUAUAGUUGUUGCAUGAUUCUAUUGCAUUUCAGGUUUUUUCAGUGCUGUUUUUUCAAUAUUAUAUACUGGUGGUUUGUUGUUACAGUAAAACUUUUCCUGAUGUUUACACAUGGGUAAAUGAAAGUUUUUCUUAAUCCUUUUUAGUAUUUUCUUAGGUUCCUUAAUAUCUUAAUGCCGUAAUUCUUUUGGAAAAACAUGUAAAGAAUUUCCUGUAAAAUAAGUUAAAUCUUCUUGCUUAAACAUCUAAUAUUCCUCUGUUUUUCUACAAUACAUGUAACUGGAUUGUUUAACAAACGUAACUUACACACAGCUUCCAGUCUUCGUAACUCACGAGAACUCUUGAGGUAGUAUCUUCUCGAAAAAAAGAAUAUGAUCAGAAGAGGAAGCAGAAGGAUCGUCAAGUAGGGGACGCUGAUACAAUUUAAUAUGAUGACGGCCAAUGUCAGCAAGGAGAA